ACGCCACACACAAACACACACACACACACACACACACACACACACACACACACACACACACACACACACACACACACACACACACACACACACACACACCCAAAACACAAUCACUUAGACAUACGCACUAUAGACUCCUCAACACUAAUUAACAUACACCAGAAAAACAAAGGAUUAGGCCCAUCCCAUGUGUGUGGGUUGGUCUGUUGUCGAGGACGACAAAAUAACAUAAUGUGUUUAUUUUUCUAACAAAUACUGUCGGAUAAUUAUAGGAAUUUGGUAGGGGGACGUUAGAGUGACACUACUGUUCAAUAGCCUCUUUUGAGCCAGAAUCUGGUAGCACUCUGGAGUGUGCUACAUCCCAACCCUAGCGCUAACCCUUUGUUUACGGAAUAAUCCCUAAUACUUUACGAGAUGCAGGUAUUUACAAUGGUCAGUGCUUACUCUAUCUACAUCCCUUGUGAAUGAUUGCGUGGGAACAGAGUGUGUAUUGUUGUUGAGGAACAAUAACAGUGGAAUCGAGUGUAAAGCGUGUAAACUGGAGUGUAUAGUGAACACACAGUGUAAAACGUGUAAACUCGAUGGAUAUAUUGAGCACUACAGCGUGUGUAUGGGGAAACGUAGAAUGUGUAUUGGCUUAAAACUAGAGCGUAUAUGGUGAACACUUUCGGACUAGGGUUAUAGGGCGGUGAACAUUAUAGAAUGUUUACGAACAUUAUAGAGUCUAUUGGGUGAACCCGAGUAUAUGUAUGAGUUUUGACGAGCCACAACUAAACAACAAAUUCACGGUCAAGUUGAGGUCCAGCAAUGGACCGUAGUUGAGCUGGGUGGGGUGUCGAGGCGAGAGGGUGGGGAUUAGGUGCUCCGUGAGGCCGAAUGCAAGACGUCCCUGACCCCACCCCCCCAUAACCUCACUCUCCCAUGACCCUGUGGGUUGGGGUCAAACCCCAUGGGGGGAGGGAGUCACCAAGACCGACCCACCCCCCAUACUGGGACCCCAGUGGAGCCAGAUGGUAAAAUUAAUCCCUGCAGAUGAGGAGAGCGCACGGCCAGCAGAGCUGAAUACAUAAAUACAAACGCAUCAACAGAAAAAACAGAAAAUAAUGACACAUAUCAUAUCUUAUUACCCAUAACACAUAUAGUAACCCAUAUCAUAACACAUAAUAACACAUAUCAUAUCAUAUCAUAUCAUAUCAUAUAACCCAUAACACAUAUCAUAACACAUAAACUGAUAACACAUAAUAACACAUAUCAUAUCAUAUAACACAUAUAGUAACCUAUAUCAUAACACAUAAACUGAUAACACAUAAUAACACAUAUCAUAUCAUAUAACACAUAUAGUAACCUAUAUCAUAACACAUAAACUGAUAACAAAUAAUAACGCAUAUCAUAUCAUAUAACACAUAUAGUAACCUAUAUCAUAACACAUAAACUGAUAACAAAUAAUGACGCAUAUCAUAUCAUAUAACACAUAUAGUAACCCAUAUCACAACACAUACACAGAUAGAAUAUAAUGGCACAUAUCCUAUUACAUAAACACAUAACACAUAUGAUAGCGCAUUACAUAACACAAUAUACCUAUAUUAACACACAUCCUAACGUCAUAACACAUUGACACAACACAUAUCAUAGCACAAUAUACCUAUAAUAAGGUAUAAAAUAACACGAUAUACCUAUAAUAACCUAUAUCAUAACACGAUAUCCCUGUAACAAAAAUCAUAACACGAUAUACCUAUUUUAGCACAUAUCAUAAUGCAUAGCGUAACACAUCAACACAUAUUACAUAUUAAACCAUGUCAUAACACAUAAAUACAUACAACCUAUAUUAACACGCAUCAUAACAUAAAAUGCAUAUCAUAACACAUAACCAAAACAAAUAAAACACAUAUCAUGACACAUAUCAUAAUAUUAAUAUAUCAUAACAUAUCGUUACAAAUAGACUGACAACACACACCUCUAUAGAAUAUAUGUGGACAACAUAGGAUAGACCAAUCCAUGAAGUCAAUCCAUGCCCACGUUCUGAGCAAACUAACAGAACAGGCAGUUAAUAUGAGUCCAUGAAAGGAAUAAAGUGUUGUGUUAGUGUUGUUAAAUUGUCGUUCUUAACAGAUGGAAAAAAAGUGGUGUUUAUCGAGUUGUACUUUAUAACAGAGAAUAAGGGGGGACGUUGGGAUAGUUAGAGUUGUAGUUUAUAACAGAUGAUGAAGUGGUGCGUUAGCGUUGUUAGAGUUGUAGUUCAUAACAGAUGGGGAAUAAAGUGGAAGAGUUGUACUUUCUAACAGAGAAUAUGUUGGUGUGUAAGCGUUAUUACGGUUGUAGUUUAGAGCAGAGACAAUUAUGUGGUGUUUGAUAGAGUUGUAGUUCAUCACAAAGAGUAAAUAAAGCAUUGUGUAAGUGUGAGAGUUAUAGUUUAUAACACUACAACUCUAAAGUGGUGUAGUGUGAGAGUUGCAGUUUAUAACCCAGAGAAUUAAAUGGUGGAUGUUAGUGUUGUCAUAGUUGGGGUGUAGUUUAUAACACAGAGAAUGAAGUGGUAUGUUCGUGUUGUCAGAGUUGGGGUGUAGUUUAUAACACAGAGCAUGAAGUGGUAUGUUCGUGUUGUCAGAGUUGGUGUGCAGUUUGUAACAGACAGAGAAUAAAGUGGUAUGUUAGUUGGUGUUGUCAGAGUUGGGUUUUAGUUUGUAGAGACAGAGAAUAAAGGCAUUAUGGACGGAGAAAGAAGCGCAGCUGAUUGUUCUGAGGGAGCAGAUGUUGGAUGUUGGAUGUUGUGCCAGAUUUUUUGUGGAAGGAUUUAAAUGGGAGGAGAGGGGGAGAGAGGGGGAGAAGGAGGCGGGAGGCGGGAGCAUGUCUGGGAUGAGGCCUGGGAAAGUCACCCCCAAGUUCAAGUUGAAAAGAGUUCAGAGAUCAGAGGUCAUUUGGAUGGGGGGGAGGGGGCUGUUGAACUCUGGAGAGGAUGAUGGAGAUAAUGAAGAGGAAGAGUUCUCCAGACGCACUCCUCCUCCGCCACCUCCUCCUCCUUCUCCCGGCCCUUCUGCUGUGUUUGCAUACCCUUGUGUGAAUGCUCCUUUUGUGAUGCAAUGUGUUUCUGGUUUGCGUGUGUGUGUGUGUGUGUGUGUGUGUGUGUGUGUGUGUGUGUGUGUGUGUGUGUGUGUGUGUGUGUGUGUGUGUGUGUGUGUGUGUGUGAUGGUGUGUGCGUGUGCAAGUGUGUGUGUGUGUCUGGGUAGUUACGGGGGGAGGAUAUGCAGAGGAUGAAAAGAGCCGUCAAUCAUGUUAAUGCAAAGUCAAGUGCAAGUUUAUUCUCUAAGUUGUUAACCCGCCCAAACUCUCUAUGAAUCACCCCAACUCACUCAUGUCCCUAUAACUCUCUCCAAUUCACCCCAAACCUAUCCCAACGCACAAUUCAUUAUUUUCUGCUUCAUUUUAACCUUUAUUUAAACAUGAUGUCCCACCCUAUCUCAUUUUAAAAUACAGAAGGUUUGUGUGAAAUGUCCCUCUUGGAUGAUGUCAGAGAAGCAUUGUAGAGCUUUGAUCACAUCACAUCUGUAUCACAUCUUAGGAUUCAUCCUCAAACCAUCUGCACCAACUUCAUCCUUUUGCCGGCGGAGCCUCAGAGUUGGCGUUCCUGAAAGAGCCGAGCGAUGUCAUAGCUGUGAGGGACCGGCCCUUGAUGCUGGACUGCCAGGUGGAGGGGGAGGGGCCUAUAUCGGUCACGUGGAGGCGGAACGGCGUGGCCGUGCCUGUCGGCGCGAGGGCGAGCGUGCUGGCCAACGGCACGCUGCUCAUUGAAAAGUUUUCCAAGCGGCGGGAGAGCGACGAGAGCGACGCCGGCGUGUACGACUGUUCAGCGGAGAACCGUGACGGACGCAUAGUCAGCCGCAAGGCCCGCGUUCAGCUGGCCUCUCUCCCUAAGUUCCUCACCCACCCAGAGUCGGUGGCGGUGGAUGAAGGGGGCGUGACCAGACUCACCUGCCAAGUGAACGGGAUCCCAGAGGCCAGCAUCACCUGGGAGAAGAACCUCAGUCCCCUGAGCACUGAGGACACACGGUACACUCUGCUGCCCCAUGGAGUCCUUCAGAUCUCUGGUCUCCGUCGUGGAGAUGGCGGUUCGUUCCGCUGCGUUGCUACCAACAUCGCUAACAUCCGCUACAGCCGAGAGGCUCUGCUCACUGUAACAGCGGCGGGGUCCAGGACUUAUAAGGAGCCGGUCAUUCUGUCCGGUCCACAGAACCUCACCAUCACGGUCCACGAGACAGCCAUCCUGGAGUGCAUCGCUACGGGCAACCCCAGGCCCAUCGUCUCAUGGAGUCGCCUUGACGGUCGCUCUAUCGGCGUGGAGGGAAUCCAGGUGCUGGGAACCGGGAACCUGAUGAUCUCCGACGCGUCCCUGCAGCACUCCGGGGUCUACGUGUGCUCGGCCAACCGGCCAGGCACCCGGAUACGGAGGACGGCCCUGGGGCGCCUGGUGGUGCAAGCUCCACCUGAGUUCCUGCAGUGGCCGCAGUCUGUGUCUAGGCCACCAGGUGGCAGUGCGGUGCUGACCUGCAGCGCGCAGGGCGUCCCCGAGCCGCAUAUCAUCUGGCUGAAGAACGGAAAGAUCCUUUCGCCUGGGAGUGGGAACAACGUCAAGCUCACCAACAACAACACGACUCUAGCCAUAACCCGUAUCACAGCGGAAGAUGAGGCCAUCUAUCAGUGCAUCGCUGAGAACAGCGCUGGCACCAACCAGGCCAGUGCCCGCCUGGCCCUAAGCCCCUCCUCCCAACUACCUGAAGCCCCUGCACACCUUCAGGCCACGCCCACUUCCUCCACCUCCGUGAAGCUGAGCUGGGAGCGCCCCUCCCCCGAGGUCACAGAGCACAUCAUCGGAUAUGUGCUGCACAUACGCAUGUUGGGAGAGCCAGACAGUAAGGAGCUUCAGGAGGCGGUCAGCAAGACCACCUUCCAGCAUGAGUUCUCCUCCCUGGAGCCGGCCACCGCCUACUCCAUCUACCUGAAGGCCUACUCCCCGCUGGGGGCCAGCCAGAGCUCCAGCACCCUCGUCACCACCACCCUUGGGGGCGUCCCUGCCUCCCAGACCUUCCUCACUAAGGUGCUGAACCGGACCGCCGUGCAGGUGUUCUGGGAGCUGCCGUCCAAGCCCGGGAAGGUUGAGGGCUUCCGGCUGUCCCACCGCCGUGUCCCCCUCCCGGACUUCCAGGCUCUAGAGACCCUCCCCGCCCACAUCAACACCCACACCUACUCCGGCCUGGAAGCGGCCGGUGUGUACGAGGUGAGGCUGGUGGCCUACAACGGGAACGGAGACGGUGCGGCCACCCGGCGGUUGGUCUCCCUGGCCGACCCCCAGCCCCGCCCCGAAACUACAGGGUGUAACUGUGAGGACAACCACGGCUCCGGCCUGCUGAUCGGCGUCCACAUCAGCCUGGCCUGCAUCGUCUGCUGCCUCCUCUUCCUCGUCUUCGGUUACAGACACAGAAAGGGGACCCAGGACCGCUGGACCCUUCCUAGGGGCCCCGUUGGAACCAGGGCCCCUAAAGACGUAGCAUCCCCGGGUCGCCCCGAAGCCAUUGAGCUGAGCAUUCAGGGACGUGACCCCACCCCUGCUCCAGCGACGGAGAACCCUCCUCCGCCCUGCCAGGUCCUGGUGGAGGCACCACCCCCCUGUCGCUCCGGCACAGACACCGACCAACACACAACCUCUCCCUAACCCUCACCCCUUCCCCUUACCCAUACCCUCACCCUCUCCCCUUACCCUGUCUCUCGGUCUCUGCUUCUUCGCCUGUCCUGCGAACCAAAGCAUUACCCCCUUAGAGUCGCAGCCCGGCGCUGUCCAAGAACUUGAGAUAUGCUAUCUCCUAAAGGGACUGUGAUGUCUUUGUAUCCCUGUGUGCUGAUUCAACACCUCACACAAACUCACUCUUUAUGAUUUUCACCAACGAUGCCCAGUUUUAUAUUCCGCCAAACGCUUCGUCCCAGCGGCCUUGCGGCUGUCCGAGCAGAGAGCCUCCCAGCGAGGGAUGGUGCCAAAGUUACAGCUCUGCUCCGACACGCCCUUCAUGAACGACAAGCCUUAGCCACCGACGUGGCCUCCAAUGUUUGACUGAGUCCUGACAGCGGGAGGCGAAGCAGAGACAACCCCCCCCCUCCUCCCUCCUCCCCUCCUCCCUCCUCCCUCCCCCCUCCUCCCUCCUCCCUCCUCCCUCCUCCCUCCACCCCACAGAACUCUUUAGCUCCAAAGAUAGCUACCUCAGCGUGGCCACAGACGCCUCAGCUACACAAGGAACCACUUUGCCUCGAGCUGCUGGAAAAGCAAGCCAACCCCCCAACCAAAAGGGCUGUCUGACGCCCCUGUUCUAUUGUAUGUAAUGCCUUUGUCCGUGUCAACAGCCCACCUCCUGUGGGGAAAUACAGGAGCCCUGAGACUGUGAUUGUUGUUGCUGCUGCGCCUCUUCCUCCCUCCUCCUCCUCCUCCUCCUCCUCUUCCCCGGGCCUGAUGGGGAAGCCGAGGGGGGCAUGGUGUGUUGUGCCUCACUACCCAGACCUUCUGGACUGGUUCUGGAACAUUCUGCUUCUGGUAAAGGAGUAUUGUUUAGCAUCAGGGUCCCAAUGUUUGUGAAUGGGGUUUUAUUACGUGGACCGACCUGAGGAUCGAGGUCCUCGACACACGGGGGGGCAGGAAACAGGAUGUCCAAGUCCCUUCCUCUUCACCUGAUCCGGUUCUCUGGAAUGCUCUCUGCCGCUACGCUAAAGAAUACCUCUGGCAUGUUGAGCUUCACAGAGACGUGAUUUUUCUAUGACACACCAUUUUCAUUUUCUUUAAAAAAAAAAGAUUUGAACAAAAAGCAUCUCUACAUUUACAGAACUGCCUCUCUGUAGAUCUAUUUAGAAAGAUAUCCAAAGAUGAAAAGUGUUUUGUGCAAGCUGUAAGUGUUGAGGUGUCGGAGUGAACAGUCCUCUCCUUCUUCGCACGGGACAGAUUUUGAUCUCUUUUUGACUUGAGGAUAAUUCUAUAUUUUCACAUAUUAUGAAGAGAACUCCCUAGAAGUAGUGAAGUCUGCCAAAUACGUGUGUCUCGACCUGUAGGAAACACCAGAACCAAAUGUCAGAUUAAUUUUUAUACUCUUUGAUAUAGAAGCCCAGUAUGAUGAGGGAUUUUACUUUGGAUUGCGUGUGUUUGUUUUUUUUGUUAGAUGGGGGUACGCUGGAGGGGUCCUUGUCUUGUCAUGUAUGAAAUUGAUAACUAUACCUACCAAUACAAACUAUUUGCUAACUCAGACCCUUAGUUUAACAGUUAACUAGACCAACCAUUAUACACUGUUAGUUAACCAGGCCAACCAAAACACACAGUUAGUUAACCAGGCCAACCAAUACUGACCAUAAGUCAACCAGACGAAAUAGUUAGUUAGCAAGAACCUUGCUAGUUAGUUAGCAAGGUUCUUGCUAACUAACCUAGUUAGUUAGCUAACUAACCUAGUUAGUUAGCAAGAACAGAACACUGUUCUUUAUCGAGCCCAAUUAAACAGUUUACUAGACAACCCAAUAGUCUCCAAACCAAAUAGUAGCCCAACCAAUAAGUUAACCAAAACCUUUGUUAAAAUACAGACAGAGAUUCACACCAUUUAUUGUGGUUCCAAACAAGUAAUUGUAAAAUAUAUUAGCAAUAACUUUGUCAGUUAGAUAGGAUUUCUUCUUUUUUUUUACCAUUAUACCUGUCAGAUGUGAAAGGAGUAUGCUGCCAAAAUAAGAGCUUCUUUAACAUGCUAUUCUAUAGUUUGUUGACCCGGUGAUGAAUUUUGUAAUUAGAAGAUGUGAAACUGUGUUUUCUGCAUCGGGUAAGGUAACUUUUAUAACACUUUUAUAACCUAUAACGUCUGCAUAUGGGAGCAACAGCCAUAAAUAUAUAUGUUUACUUGCCAUAUUUAAUAAGCCAUAAGGAUUGUUUUGAAGCCAUAUUCUACACUAUUGAAUGCUGAAGUUCUGGUGAUACACAUGUUCUGAUGCUGUUAUUCAGGUCAGAAACAAAGCUUACCUCUUGCUUUUUACAAAAUAUUUAGUUUAGAAAGUGAAAAAGUAGAAUGAUAUACUGAUCCAUGGCUCUGACCAAGGAGAAAAUGCUUUAACGUUAUGAAUAUUAUUUUUCUCUUUCUUCUUUUCUUUAAACAUUACUGGGAGGAUUGCCCAAAGCUUUAAGAUGGUUUUAAGAAGACUAGGGUCAGUCAAAGAUUGAUUGACACAGACACAGACACAGAUGUUUUGCUUCGGAAAUAAUUCAAUUGCAAAUAAUACUAAACAAUUUGUAUAUUAUCAGAAAAAUGGAUUCAUAUUUUUCUCCUAACAUCUGAAAUGAACGGACUGUAUUGUCUCUCUCCCAGAUAGAAAACACAUGAUGUCCUUCUAGACUUCUUCAUGUUCACCACGUGUUUCUGGUGAUCUCUGUUCUUCCAUCUGAUGUUCUGAUACCUGCAAACCAAAUAAAACAAUGUCGUUGA